AUUGCAUGGAGGCCCUCCCAGAGAUCCUCUUUGCUCAACUGUCACAGCAGGCGUGCCCUCUCCUAGCCAGAUUGGGUUUGGGGCUACUGGAAGUUGCUGCUGGUCCAGCUGCGGAGGCCCCUGUAGCAGCAGAAGCACUUGCAUUGCUGCUGCGGGCGUGGAGUUCGUGGGCCUCGCGUCUGCUGCACGCUGCAGACAACCAACUGCCGUCUCCGCAACAGCAGCAGCCACAGCAACAGCAACAACAACAACUACUGCAGCAAACGCGACUUGCCGAUGCCCCAUGGUGGCGCACUUUCAGGGACGCGUCUGCUCUGCUAGUCGAGGCCUUUGUACACAAGGGCUUGAGCGCCUGCAGCCAGCGGGAAGAUGAGGGGGAGGCAGGAGACGAGAGGAAGCGCAAGGGGAUUAUAUUUAGCUUGCAUGGAGGCUCUCAGCUUCAUGAGUUUCUAAAGUCGAUGUCGCAAAUCUCCUUUGCAGUCCCUGCAAGGGCCUUGGCUGCAGCAGCAGCGAAGCAGCAGCAGCUGCAACUGCUGCUGCAGCAAGCCAGGGAAACCACCCUGGCAGCAGCAACGCCCCCCGGAGGCAACAUGCAGCACAUGAGGGCGCAGCUGGCCACGCUGCAGCUGCUGCAGCAGCAGCAACACUGGCUUCUGCUGUACAUACAGCUCCUUAUUGCAACCCACCUCGGCCCCGAGGCCCUGGCAAACCACCGCCUUGGACCCCCUAAACAGGUGUUACAAGAUGAAGAGGCGCAAACUGAACUCCUGCGUCUGCUUGCGGCGGUAUUCUCGAUGCUGGAAGCUGAGACAGUUGCUCUGAAGGCAGGGGCGGCAGCAGCUGCUGCUGCGGCGGCGGCGACAGACCAGGAGAAGCACCAACAGCAGCAGCAGCUGUUGCUGCUGCAGGCGCAACAGCAACUACCUUCACCUGUAGUACUGGAGGUAGGCCUAGGGGUUGUCUCCCUUGUAGCGAAGGCCUAUCUCUUCAGAGAGAGACUCGCGAAGCCACGGCUUGAUGACCUGCUGCUUCCAGAAGGCGGCCUCAAGGUGCUAAAUGCAGGUGUCUCUUUAGCUGCGGAUUGUCUCCUGGCCGCCCCGCAGCACCCCGCCCUCAGCAUCGCAUGCGCCCGCACUCUCCGUGUCUUUGCGGACACUCGCAAUCCCUGCUGCGCCUACUUGUGGGAAUGCGGAGCAUUUCAGACCCUUCUGGACACUUGCUGCAGCUGCUGUGCAGGACUGCUACAGCCAACUGCAGCAGCAGCUGUCGCCUCUAGCAACCCAGCAUCUGUUAACAGCACCAGCACCAGCAGCUUAGCCCUGCGGCAGCUAUCUAGUCAGAGCUGCUCCAGUGUCUUUGCAGCUUUUGCUGCUGCUGCUGCUCCCUCAGAGCAGUUGUGGGGCCUCGCGAAGAAGCACAUGGCCCAGCAACAGCAGAUGCAGCAGGAGCAACAGCAGGAACAGCAGCAGUUUCUGCGGAGCGGGACCAUGCUCAGCAAUGAGGUCGCAACUGCACGCACAGCUGCCUUGCUGCAGCGAUGCAGCGUGGGCCUUGGGGUGCUGCAGGCUGCCGCAGCUAUAGUAGCAGAGGCGAAGCAGCCGCUCCCGAUUGCAGCGGUUCGCUGGGUGUUGAGCAUGCUUGGAGGUUUAGCCUCAGGCGCUGGGAAGGAGGGGGCGCGACGGCUCCUCCAAUGGCUUGGGCCUUCUCUUCGCUGCGCAUUUGCUGUGACGCGAGCUGCAGCAGGCAACCCACAGGCAUUGCUUGAUGGACUGAAGUUUUCCCGUCGCAUUGCUGCUGCUGGAGCGUCAUGCCUCACAAAAGAAGAAGCGCAGGCACUGAUGCAGGAGUACACAACUGUGCUAGCUGCCUUUGCAGCGACGCUGGACCGUCAAAUGAGCCCGGAGGAGGAAGACGCUGCGAUAACAAACGGCAUGCAGAUAUUUAAGCUGUUGCGACAAUUGGCUGGGGAAAACAGGGGAGAGGCCCGCAACGAAUGGAUGGGAGCUGCUCUUAUCGACUGCCUCCGGGCCCUUCGCCCCCUCUGCAUGGCGUUGACCCCUACUCAGCCCAAAGUUCUUGGGGCUUAUUUGUCUUUAGUUGGUAUCCUGCUGGAAGAGGACGUGGCGCUGUUCCUACAGAGGUUGCCUCCCGAAGACACCCACGUGCUAAUGACACUGGAGCAGCGGGGAACCCUUUCUGGGCAAGCACGACUCGCUAAUGCUGCGUUAGAAGGCGUCCAUGUGCUUGCAAUGCACGCAGCAGACGUGCAGCUGCAGCAGGGGCUCUACAACCCCAACUUAGAAAGUUCCGAAGGGGCAGAGGCUCUAUUUGUAGCAACGCCGCAGGCGGACUCCUUGCAGCAGGUGUACGUACACCUCGCGCAGCUUGCCACUGCUUUGCUGCAGAAGCUACCCAACGAGCAAAUGACACCAGCGGAGCAAGACGUGCUGGGGGCUUGUUUGUUUUCUGCUCUCUUUUGCAUUGGAGUCCGGGCCUUCGCUCUCCGGCAUCUUCUGCGUUGUUUUGCCGCCAAUUUCGCAGCUCAAGGUGCAGGCAACUGGACAGGGGGUUGCUCCACACAUUCGUUGGAGCAAAGAGUUGAAGAGUUGGAGACAGCCGUCUUAGUGGCCGUGCGGGAGGCCGUGCCUGCCGAUGCAACAGCAGCAGCAGCAACAGCAGCACCAGAAGCAGCAGCAGCUAAUCAGGUAACCCCCCUACGCUUCAGGCAGCAGCACUUCCACAAAAGAGAAGAUGCCUUCAAGCUCGAACUGGCUAAUUUCGUGGCGGAGUUCGCGACCUUUGCGCCCUCCAGAGGUCCGGCGCUCUAUGGUUUGUUUUGUGGGGUUUAG